UAAUAAUUUUUUCUAAAUUUAAAUAUUUAAAACAGUGAAAAUUUAAAAUAGUGAAUUAAUAUUAAAUACAAAGAAGAAAUAAAAGUAAAAGAGAGCCUAUAAGAUAUUUUACACCACAUUCUCCACAGUUGACAAAGUAAAGAAAAUAUAAAAUGGAUCCUGAAUUAAAUCCAACAACAGCUGGCAACUCACUGAUGUAUCAAGCCAUCGAAGAUGACAAAUUGGAAGAUCUCAAAUUGUUAUUAGAAAAUGGAAUGAAUGUGAAUGAACCGAUAAUAACAACUGGAGAAUUUGCUGGAUUCACAGCAUUGCAUGUUGCAUGCAUGAAAAAUAAAGAUCACGUGGUGGAGAUACUAGUUAAUGAUUAUAAAGCAGAUGUCAAUGCAAUGGCUGCUGACGGGACUCAACCCAUUCAUUUGGCUUGUUUUUAUGAACCAUUAAACGAAUCAUCAAACUGGUCUCCUCAACCAGAACUAGGCAGUAAAAUAAAAAUAUUGGUGAAAGCUAAUGCAAAUGUUGAUGCCGCAUUCGGACAAGAAAUUUUUUCAAAGCACAUCAAAUACAGAGAAUGGUGUCCCGAUUUUGGUGACAAAAUGCCACUAGUUGCAUAUACUGUUAUUUAUGAUAAACCAUCAAUAAUUCAUCAUCUUAAAAAAGUCAACUUGGACAUUAUAAGCCUUACAAAUAAAACAUUGCUGAUGUACGCUGUUGAAAACGACCGUAUUUUAUACAUUUCGGACAUUAUGUCAAAUGUUAAGGAUCCUGAAUUGAUGGAUAAGUUGAUAAAUCACCGCGAUAAUGAUGAUGUACCGCUAACUCAUUAUCCAUUCCAUCCUAAAAAAAAUGGAAAAUUUCUAUAUAAUAUUACGGUGUUCUAUGGUUACUAUAUCCAGUCAACAUUUAUUUCUGACUUAUCAAGUUGGGGGGCUGAUAUUUAUGCACUGAUAAACAAUGACCCAGCAACAUUUUUGCCCAAUCUAUUAGCUUACAGAAGUUGUCCAAUGCUACUGGAGGAUUCUUUGCCUUAUUAUACUUCUAUGCCCUUAUCUAGGGUUUUAUACUACGCCACGCUUCCUAUAGAUGAAAAGUCUGAGCAUUUAGUAUGUGGCGAUCCAAAAAUUGAGCCAAUGGUUUAUCUAGGACAAAUUAGAGAACAUCGAGAAAAUUGUAUAGCUAUUGCUUUAAAAGAUCUGGUCUUUAGGGGUACAUUCAGAUUACCUAUUCCAGAAGAAGAAAUAGAAUUGAUGGAUGAAUUAAUUGCCAGUGACGAAAAUCUGAGAGAGAUUGUAAAUGAUUAUAAAAGAAAUUUCAUUGAAAAAGAAUUACAGGACCGUUAUAUUGUAUUCGGUGAUAAUAAAAUGACAAUGUAUGAUUUUUUAGUGCAAGUUUUUGACUAUAAAAAAUUAAAAUUUUUGGCGCGAGAAGAAAAUUUAUUGGAUGCUCUGCAUCAAGUUUUCGGGCUGGAUUUUGAUGACUAUUGUUUCUAUGAGAUCUAUUAUAAUCCAAUUAAAAUCAGGAUAAAAGAUGCUAAGGAAAGAUUAAGACAUCUCGAAAAUUUGAAGAAAGUUUCAUCACUUAGAGAAGCUAUACCGUUACCGUUUGAACUGAUAUUAGAUAUUGUUGAGUAUCUAAACAACAAACACUUAGACGUAUUUAUAAAAGCAUUUUAUAGUUCGUAAUUUUAUAUUGAAAUCAGUUUUAGUUUUA